AUGGUGGAUAUGCUAAAAACGUUAGUGGCCUCCAAUAUACAGACUCAUGUAAUUCUUCAAAGUGCUCAAGCAUCCUUGAAAAAUCUAGAGAACACUAUGGGUCAAAUAGCCACUUCAUUAAGUCAAAGUGAGCCACAGAAUCAAGGAAAGUUACCUUCACAACCUGUUAGGAAUCCAAGGGAAAACGCUAAUGCCAUCACAUUAAGAGAUGACAAGACUUAUGAUCCACCUACUAUUCCAUCAAGAUCAAAUGAUGCGUCUUUGCCUCCUACCCAAUCUGCCCAACAAGACAAAGAUGAAACCGCAACCCUAACACCCAAACCUAAACCAGCUAUUCCCACUUAUGUCACUACUCCUCUAUUUCCUAGUCGUUUGAGAAAGACAAAGAAUGAUGAAGCUAAACAGGAAAUACUAGAGACUUUUCACAAGGUUGAGGUAAACAUUCCUUUACUUGAUGCCAUUAAACAAGUACCUCGAUAUGCAAAGUUUUUAAAGGAGUUAUGCACCAAUAAGAGGAAGCUAAAAGAUAAUGAAAAGGUGAGUGUGGGGGAAAAUGUUUCGGCGGUACUUCAAAAGAAACUUCCACCAAAGUGUAAGGAUCCUGACACAUUCACUAUUCCUUGCACUAUUGGCAAUAAAAGGAUUGAAAGAUGUAUGUUAGAUUUGAGUGCUUCAAUCAAUGUAAUGCCUUACUCUAUUCACACCUCUUUGAAUUUGGGACCACUUGAAGAAACGGGGGUGAUCAUUCAAUUAGCAGAUCGUUCUAAUGCCUAUCCAAGGGGAGUAGGAGAGGGUGUAUUGGUUAAAGUCAAUGAAUUAGUGUUUCCGGCAAACUUCUACAUUCUUGGUAUGGAAGAUGACUCAGUUCCAUGCUCUACACCAUUUUAA